AUGGGUUCUCAUGGCAAUUUUAUGAUCUUUAUGCUUAUUGCUGCCCUUGUUCCUAUCACAACUUUGGGAAGAGAGUACAUUGUUGGAGAUGAAUCAGGCUGGACUUUCAAUUUUGAUUAUCAAACUUGGGCUCAAGGAAAGAACUUUCAAGUUGGAGAUAAACUUGUGUUUAAAUACCCAGUUGGAUUCCACAACGUGUUCAGAGUGAACGGAACUGGGUUUCAGAACUGUAUUAUUCCGCCAAUAGAGCAGGCGCUAACAAGUGGAAAUGACACAAUUGCCCUAGCAGCACCAGGAAAAAAAUGGUACAUUUGUGGAGUAGCUAAACAUUGUGAAAAUGGUGGCCAGAAACUUGCAAUAAAUGUUGUGAAUUCUCAACUCCCAUUUUUUCCGGCCCCAACCAUCGCUCCUUCGCCUUCUACCGGUGCCAGUGCCGACAAGGAGACGCGAUUUUUGAACUUUUUCAGGUGGUGA